AUGCAAGUACCAAGUAUCCAUGCUUGCAGUCACGCCAUCCAUGCAGCUGUCCUAACAGGUAUGCUUGUCGAUAUUGAAUUCUUGAUGGAGACGGACCGAGUGACUCUUCCUUGUCUCGGUUAUCAUGGAAUUGGCGACGGUAGCCACCGCAUUCUGCCGCAGCAGGUUCAUCCUCACAUUCAUGUGAGUCAAGCACUGCUUUCAGAGAUCCCCUGGGAAACACAGACCCCGUGGCGUUUUGAUGUACAAAUACCUAAGAUGACUAUCAGAGAGUUAAUUGGCGCCAACCUUGUACGUCGCCAUCGGACUCGGCUGAAUGUGCCAAUAUCAGUUUCGAGCCGUUACCGGAAUUCAAAAAGCCUUGUCCUCAAAGUCUCAUUCCGGGGUUCAGCCAAUGUGACCUCCGUUGGAAUGCAUUUGCACUGGCGUUUGGGGGAGCUGAAGCGGGACGGUCCGAACCAGGCUAAUGAUCCAUCUAGACGUACAAUUGUUAGAGACCGUGUUGUAGAUCUCGUUAAUGAUCUUCAGCAAGAAUACCGAGAUUGCGACGCGGGAAACAGCUACGGUGCACCACAGGGUUGGUACUGGAAAACGACGUUUGAACAGCUGUCGGAUGACCACUGGGUUCUCAGUUCGGUUGAUCACACUGCCCAAAACCCGAGCGGGGCAGUCAAGACUCGCCUACACUUCUUCGCAUCGCCAUUCCGCAUUAUUGCAACACGACCGGGCCUCGAGCCGAGGGAGAAGAUUCCCUCUUUUAUAGCAGAGACCGGCAUACAAGGAACAUCAAUCUCGGAAGAAGUGAUUUGGCGAACCGCUGACCAAGCCUUUUCUUACAACGGCGAUCCAGAGAUUGAUGCAAUCAACAAUGUCAUCCUCAGAAUGCAUAAGCCGCCCCCGGCCCACUAUCUUGGGUUUGGGGAACAGGGCGGAAAGACUGUACUGAAGAAGCCAACGUACAUGAAUUACUUCUGCUACGACAACUUUAAUUACAGGAAGGUAUACGGUCAGGGGGCUCUGGAUGACAAAGAACCCUUAUACCACUCGUCUCCGUUCUUCCUGGAAAUGAAUGGAACUCCCAACCAUCGGAAUGUUACCGGCUUGAUGGUUGACAACUACUCACAGGUCGCCAUUGAUCUUGGUAUGAAUGAAUCGAACACGAUCGGCAUCGCUACGCGAUUUGGGACGUUUGAUGCCUACAUUAUGACUGCGGACAACGUACCGAAAAUGAUCUGGCAAUACACUUCGAUUGUCGGGCGACCGAAGCUCAAGCCUCGCUUCAUUUUAGGCCAUCACCAAGGAUGUUACGGAUACAGUAAGAGCGCAACUGUUGAGGGCAUCGUGGACGGAUACCGCACCUCAGGAAUUCCCCUAGAUGGAAUGCAUCUAGAUGUGGAUUUUCAGGAUCGAUACCGCACUUUCACCGCGAGUGAGUCAAAUUUCGGCAACAUCAGCGACUUCUUGAACGGCCUUAGGCAGAGGGGGGUAAAGUGCUGCACAAACAUCACGCCUAUCCUCAGUCUUCGAGAGUCAGACGCCGACCCAUACAUCAAUUUACGUAACUUUUGGGAUGAAGGUGAUAAGCUAAAUCCUGCCACCAAUCUUUUGGUUAGCGACAAUAGGUAUCUGAAGGGUCUUCCCAAUAACCAGCCGCGCGGAUGGCGAUAUGAUGGCGCCAACCCCGACAUACAGAAGAUCUACACAAAUUCUGUUGAUGCGCCCAACAAUGGACUUCUUGACAACUACAACUUUAACGAGAAUUAUAAUAGCGGGUACCCUUUCCACGGAGGCGUUAGCUACGGCACAUUUCCUGGAACCAAUACCAACCUUGGAACCCCCGGCUAUUAUCCUGACCUGAACCGUGCCGUUGCACGCGAGAGAUGGGGAGAGCACUUCCCAUCCCGUCUUCUCAUGUCCGAUGACACUCCCAACCAAGAUCCGAAAGUUAAGCCAUCAACGAAGACUGCUAUUGAGCUUUGGGGUCUUUACUCGUACAACUUGCACAAAGCAACGUACAAUGGGCUGAAUAAGCUUAAAGGAAGAGAGAACAAGCGCAACUUUGUUAUCGGCCGUGGAAGCCUUACUGGCAUGCACAGAUUCGCCGGCCUUUGGACUGGCGACAACGGCAGUUCUUGGGAUUUCUGGAGAAUAUCGGUUGCGCAGGUCAUUGCUCUGGGGUACAGUGGCAUGACAAUUGCAGGAGUUGACAUGGGAGGCUUCACCCCUGAUCCAGACAAGAGGCUCAACCCCCCGCAGUGGUGUGAUCCAGAGCUGCUGAUUCACUGGUACACUGGGGCAUUUUUGCUGCCUUGGUACCGAAACCAUUACAUCCAGCAUUUCGGCGGCAAGAAUUUCCAGGAACCGUGGCAGUACACAUACGCUUUUCAAAAUUACCCGCAGGCUCUUCAGGGGUCCGGUCAAGAUGUGUAUAACCUCUACAUGUCAGUCGAGCCGAUCUGCCGCUACUACGUCCAACUCCGAUAUUCGCUGAUGCAGGUACUUUACGAUACUAUGUUUGCGAACCUGAUCAACGGUUUACCCAUUGCCCGCGCCAUGCUUAUUACCGAUCCGGAAGACACAACGCUAUUCAAUGCAAAUGAUGAUUUCAUCGACAAUCAAUAUCUUCUUGGCCAUAACAUCUUGGUUUGCCCCGUCCUGAAUCCAGGUGUUAACUACAGGCCAGUUUAUCUGCCCGGUUCUGAUCAGUGGUACCCACUGAACCUUCGCAUCGACGUCCAGAACCAAGGAAAAGAUCCGCAGCGGGUCAAGCAUGCUGCUGAUUUGGAGCAAUCCGUACCUGGUGGUACCACGAUCAGUUAUGGGUGUUACAUACCUAAUGCCGGGUUUCAACCCGAGCAGAUACCCUUUGUCACACCAGUAUAUGUCCGAGCCGGCAAGUAAUUGAAGCACUCCUCAAACAUGACUAAGUCUGACCAUCACAGGGGCCAUCGUCCCGCAACUUUAUUACCGCCAGUUUGUAAAUGAAGGCGGUGUGAACACGCCUACAAUUCACAUCUACCCUAAUGUACCGGGGCGAAAGCCAACGGCAAGUGGCCUUCUACAACUUGGGUAAAGAACUUAAACUGAUAGGUGUGACGUUUAAGCAUUACUCCAUGUACUUGGAUGACGGCGUUAGCCGGGACAGUGCGCCGGCCGAUCUACCUCAACACAGAUAUUCUCGUGCUGCCACCUCUACUACGAGUGAGGCCAAGAGCUACUUCCGCGAAGUCAAGAUUCAUCAGGUUUGUCCGGUCCAUUGAACCUCAUUGUCAUCGUAUAUAUCUAAUACCGGGCUUAGGAGUAUGACGGUGCGUUGCGCAUUGUCAAGCUCUCUCAUCCUUGGAACCUUUUCAACGCGUCUCAUCUUAUUGGUGACACGUAUCAACUCGCCCUCUGGACCGAAAAGUGCACAGCACCAAGCGCUUCCGGUGAUGUCAGUGUCUCGUUUCAAGACCAAGACGGAAACUCCAUUACCAAUUCUGGUUUGACAUACGAAUACACCCCAAGCCGAGGUGUUUUGACGGUUUAUGUGCCGGUAGCUCUGGUACCCGAUCUUCAGAACCAGCUACCUGGGUUGGUUUCCCCUGAGGACCACUUCGUCUCUAUCAGAGUUUCUGGGCUUCCUUAGGUUGGUCACUUGAUGAAGUAUUCCAGAAACAAAUGGGCGUGGUUCUUGGGCUCAGCAUUGCAUUGCUACUCAAUGUUCGUCUUUCUUGUAAGGGUCUAGGUUAUCGAUAUUGGAGAAAUUGUAUGGUUGCGAAUCAACCAGGAAUUAAUAGUACUGCAGAAGAAUGUAUAGAUUCAAACUUUCUUUCAUCACUUUCAUUAAAUCUUCUACUCAGAUAUUCAGUACAGAUAAGAUACGACAGGGCGGG